AUGGAAUAUUCAUACGUUCAAUUGAAUGAUUUACCUGAUGAAAUUCUUCUGAUUAUUUUGAAAAAAUUCAACAAUGUCGAAUUGUUUUACUCGUUAAUAUGUGUCAACAAACGAUUAGAUAAAAUUUUACAUGAUUUUAUUUUUAUAAAUACUUUAACAUUAAUGGAAUAUAUCUCGUAUAAUCGUAUUUAUUCAUUAUUUGAUUCAAUACUUGAUCGAUUUUGUUUGCCAAUCUUACCUAGUUUUGAACAUAAAAUCAAAUGGUUUCAUAUUGAAGGAUUAUCAAUAAAACAUAUUCUUCUUUCUGGAAAUUAUUCGAAUUUAUCUGGCCUUGGUUAUGUUUAUUCAUAUCCAUUUAUAUUGACAAGUUAUGAAUGUAUUACAAAUAAUUUUCCAGGUGCAUUAUUAUUUACAUAUGUUCGUAAAGUAUCAUUAUUUGAUGAACAUUCUUUUAAACAUGAAUUUUUUCUUCGAAUUCAAAAAUUAUUUCCAUUCGUGGACCAUCGAACUGUAACUAAUCGGAAACCACAAUAUAAAAUAUCAAACAAUGGCAAUCGAGAUUUAUCACUAAUUCAUUGUCAUUAUCUUACUGAAGUUUAUGAUGAUUAUAUUGAACAAUUUAUACUUGAUACCAAGACAUUCUUAUCAUUGUAUCUUAAUCUUCAUAUCGAUUAUUAA